AUGAUAAGCGAAGGGCUUAUAUCCGAUUCAUUUUUCUUAAAUGAUCAUAGAAUUGAUUCUGGAAUUGCUAACUGCACGAUUUCACGUAUUUUAAUAAAUCCAUCUAUAGUAAUAGUUAGAACAGCCUUUCCAGAUCCAGAUUUUGGAGAUAAUGAAAUGCUAAAUGAAAUAAUGAACACGAUUUUACAAUUAAAAGUCCAAUUAAUUCUAAGUGUUGAUCAAUUCCCUCCAAAACUACUCGGAAAAUGCAUAAUAAACGAAAUAGCAGUAAUUCAUAAUAUUAAACAAUCAACAAUCGAUUAUUUUUCAAAAUUUACCAAUAUUCCAAUAAGUGACUCUUUUAUUUCACUUUACAGCUCAAUAAAUCUUACAUACAAAGGUAUAUUCUACGUCGCGAGUGGUGGAUUCGAGCCAAACAUCGAAAAUCAAGAAAUAAUUCCAGAUCAACUUUACAAACUCAUAAAAAGUGGCAAAUUAGUACCAGAAGGUCAAUCAGUUGCCAACUUUAUAAGUACAGAUGCAAUACCAUACGGAACUUUCAUUUUGGCGGGUUGCCAAGAUAUUAAAGUCAAAAAUUCACUUUUUGACCUCAUUUCUUUUGUUUUUGACCAACAUUGUUUCAACAGUAUAACGAAAUACAUCGGAUUCACCCCGAAAGAGGAAGAUAAAUUCAAAAAUAUGUUCCCUUAUUCUUUAAUUCACUUCACCUCACCAAAUUACAGCGUUUGCACGACAAAACUGACAGAUAUAUAUUCAGAUACGGAUUUAAGUCUGAACAGGUUCUUCGAGAAGUCCGUGAAACACGCUUCGAAAGAAAUAAAUUUAUUUAAAGACAAAAAUAUCGAAAAUUCGCUGUUUUCGAUGCAGAAAGGCAUACAGUUCAGGAUAUUACACCAAGAUAUGUCACUCACGUUCUCUUCUUACGAAGGAAUCGUUACAGAAAAUUCAUUAUUAAAUUUAAUUUUGAUAAAUAACGAGAUUAAGACGAUUUCAGAACCACAGUUCUUUGAAGUAUCGUUUUCGUCAUUCGUAAGAUACCUUUUCCAUGCAAAAUACGUUCCAGAUUUCAUAAUUAUUCAUAAUUGCAACGCUUUGCAUAUUUGUAGGUCACCAUCGAAGGUAGUUUUCGAUAUAGCUAAGCCUAUUCCACCUCCUCAUUACGUAGAUUUCAGAGGAUUUGAGUUAAAUCGAAAUUCAGAUCCAAAUUUACUGAAAAACAUCGGAAUUUACGCGAAUAUUGUUCAUGCAACAGAAGUUAUAUAUGCACAGAGUCUUUCCAAGUGCCCUCCAGAGAGUUCUGCCCCUUUAUUUUCAUAUUUGAACACAUUUCUGAAAUCAUUUGCCCAAAAAGUAAUUGCGAACACCGAACUACCAUGUUCGCUGAAUUCCACGUUCUUCACAACCUUCUUCAACUGGUACAUGAAGAUGGACAACAUAUCAGAAAAACUAAGAAAUGUGAAAUUACCUGAUUCAGUGUCACUUUUUGUGACCACGAUUUGCCGAACGAUUAUUUUAAGGUUACUAUGGUUUAUUGACUUUCCGCAUUUAGGGGAAGUUCUUUCUGAGUUGAAAGACUACUCGGAUAACGAAAACAAAGGAGUUCUAGCGCUUUGGCUUUUUGAUAAGAAUGAUGGCAAGAAACCAAAGAGUCCUACGAACUCUGAGUACUUGUAUUCGUUUGUUACUUUGUUGUAUUAUGCAGAGAACACUUAUUUCUUUCCAGAUAUCGUAAUGUUACAUAAUGUGAACUUAAAUCACACGAAACUCACUUCUAUUCUUGCUUUCGUGUUCGCAUGUGAUAAGUUCCAUGUGCAUCUGCUCAAUAACUGCCCGCCAAACUACUCCCAGUACUUGUUUAACGCAGAAAUGACAACAACUCUGUUUUCUGAGUAUUUGACGGUUUUCCCUCAAUUAUCUCCAAAAUUUUCCAUCGAAUUAGAAGAGAAAACACCUCUCCCGUGGUCCCUCACACGUCCCAUGAAGGUCCAAAUCGAUCUACACUUCCCGACUGAGUUCACAGCAAUGAUGUCACUUUUCGGUUAUUCAUUUGACACUUUUUGUGAAAUUUUGAAGAAAGGGAAGUCAUCAAUUACAUUUGGUGGCAAGAGCAAUGCUCAAUUCUUUGUUACUGAUGAUGGAAGGUUCUUAAUUAAAACGAUAAACCAAAGUGAAAUGUCAGAAAUGAAUAAUUUUCUGCCACAUUAUUUCAGGUACAUAACUGCGAAUCCUUCAUCACUUUUGACAAGGAUAUUUAGUGUUUUUACUAUAGUUGUCGAUGGAAAUACGACGUACAAAGGAAUAUUGAUGGAAAACUUGAGACAUGGUUUUACAAGUGAUGAUGUAAUUUUGUAUGAUUUCAAAGGAGCAAUGAGAAACAGAUUUUUGAAUGAGAAUAAUCAGAGUGUUAUGUUAGAUACAAAUUACGAAAAAUCUGCUUUGGAUAAUAGAAUAAUUUUGACUUUGUCUAAAAAGAAAAAUGUCUUGAAACAAUUGUUACAAGACAGUCAUUUCCUUGCGAGUUAUAAUAUCAUGGAUUAUUCGUUAGUUGUUGUGCUGUCGAAAUCAACAAUGAAAAUAAGACUCGGAAUUGUUGACUAUUUUAGGAAAUAUACAAUUGAUAAAGCUCUGGAAACAUGGGUAAAGAAAACUCCAAUUUACGAAGAAUACAAAAUAGAUCCAACAAUUAUUUCGCCGGAUAAUUACUGCGAGAGAUUUGUUAAUGCAAUGGAAAAGUAUUUUUAUCAAUCUCCAAAUGAAGAAGACAUCGAAAAUUUGGAUGCUUCUUCAAUAGAAGAUGAGAAUAUUUAA